AUGCCGGAAUGCCCGGACCGCGGGGCCAAGACGGCCCCCAUCCAUCAUAAAAUCUCCUUCUCCAUCUUAGACAUCCUGGAUCCCCAGAAAUUCAGCAGGAGACGCGAAGCGGCCGCGGGGAGCCGGGGCAGCGCCCCCCGCUCGGGCGAGCGGGAGAAAAGUUUGGGAAGAGUUGAAGUAGGAAAAGACGCUGCUGCUCCCGGCAGCGGGAGGAAUAAACUAGAGGCACAUGAUGCGCACUCCCCGGCGGAGAGCGGCACCGAGGCAGCGGGGCAGGAACGCGACGAGGCGGGUCCGGCCGGGGACGGCACCGGGAGCGGGUCCGGGACCCAGCCCGCCGCCCGCCCGCCCGGUCCGGAGGAGCCGGGCUCGCCGCGGGGCGCCCGGCGGCGGCGGGCGGAGGCGGGGUGCAGCAAACCGCGGCGGGCGCGGACGGCAUUCACCUACGAGCAGCUGGUGGCCCUGGAGAACAAGUUCCGAGCCACCCGGUACCUGUCGGUCUGCGAGCGCCUCAGCCUGGCGCUCUCCCUCAGUCUCACCGAGACACAGGUGAAGAUUUGGUUCCAGAAUCGACGCACCAAGUGGAAGAAGCAGCACCCGGGCACCGACGGGGCGGCCCCCGCCGCUUCCCCUGCGGCGGCGGCGGCGGCGGGGGGUGGCGGCAGCCCCAGCCCGCCGGGUCCCGGCGCUCUCCCCUUCCAGACUUUCCCAUCCUACACCGCCGCUAACCUCCUGGUCCCGCCGGCCGCCCCCUUCCCGCUGGGCGGCGGCGCCUUCGCUCCCUUCCUCGGCCCCGCGUACCUCGGCCCCUUCUACGCCCCGCACCUCUGA